GAACCGCUGACGCUAAUCUUCAGUCUUCUUGCGGCAAACAUUCGCCUUGCAAGCUCAUUCUCAAAUGAAUGCGAUCGAGCGAUAUGAAUGCUCUUCGUUUCGUCACUUACGGCCAUACGUACGUCACAAAGAAGCGCCGAUAUAGUCGUAAAUCAGAAAUCGAUCGCGAUGUUAUAUCAUACUGCACGGUAAUGUUUAUUUGUGUUAAAGUUGCUUGCAUUAUAUUUUUAUUAAAUAAGUAUUAAAAAUUUGUCCCAUUAAUAUUAUUGUCUCCUUUAUUCCUUCCGGUAAAAUCUCACGCUCGGUUGUUUGGAUUAUAACAUUUUAAAAUAAUAAAGUAUCCAGUUUGUAUAAAUGUCCAUUUUAGUUGGCGCAAUUUAAUUGUCAUUACUUUUCUAGAGAAGAUAAGUGUUUUUUUAAAAUAAAAUAUAUCCAAAUAAUUAAAUUAUAUAAUUCUUGAUUGGAUGGCGCUUAUACUUUUUUUACCUUUUUUAAGAAAAAUGUUAUGUUUUAAGGUGUAUCGUACAGCACGGUAAUGAGUCGUAAGACAACAUCGAUUGAAACUUAUCGAUAAGGAGACUUUCAAAGAUUGCAUUAAAAUUCUAUGAAUUUUAUAUUGUAACAGGACUCGGAAUUUAAAGAGAAACCGAGGCGCGUACGCUUGGAAGAACGUACGCUUCGUCUCUGCGUGCAAUAAGUAUUUUACGAAAGAAAUUUAAGACGUUUCGUCAUUAAUACGCGCCUUAUCUCCCUUCGUAAUAGCGCUAGCAGCACACGAAAGCGACGCGCUGAUCUCAUCGAGAGAAAUAAUCUUUCGCGGUUCACCGAGAUGCCGAUCGACGAGCGGGACACCUUCCACCAGAGCGGAGAUAAACGUCAGCCUAUUGAGAACAGAUUCGAGACUUCGGGAACCGCCAAUGGACCACAUGGAAUCCCAUCGACAGCAUGUUCACGGCGCGUGCUUGCGCUGAUAUCAGCAUCACACUCGUCCCCGCAUUGGCUCCGGCGACUACGGAACAAAGUUCAGCCUAUACGGAGUCAACUACAUCACUGGACCAUCGUAACGAUUCACCUCCAGUCUCCGUGAACGCGCCGUCGAGGACGUCGGUCACUACGAGGAGGAGAAUCGUCCUCGGAUCGGACGUCAGUCUCUUUCUGCAUUCGUAAAAAAAAAAGAGUAUUGCCGGCUCUGCAGAGAUUGAUAUUUGGGAUAAAGAAGCGUAAGAAAUAUAGUGCGUAAAGAGGAGAAAAGGAAAGAGGCGAAGUCAAGAUUGACCAAGUGGUUCGCCAAUCUCAGAUAUCGGCUCGGCGGCUGUGCGACCCGCCUGACCUGUUGCAACUUUGUCAAUAAAAUUGACGUUGCGCAAAUUGCGCGCCAAUCUCGCUGGGAUUCCUAGAAAGAAAUACAGAAAUCGCCAGUGAGAAUCGAGUUUGUCGUAAACGACUCUGUAAGUAUCAUAAAUAUCGCAACUCAUGCGUCAAAGUUAUCGGAAUAGAAUCGAAACACGGGCCCAAAGUAUUGGGAAGACACGUGAUCGACGGUACAUGGAGGUUACUGAAUACAAAUCGCCGAUCGAAUACAGCGUCACGCUCGACAAAGUGAUGUCGGUGGUGUCAGUGUAUAAACCGUCCUUGAUACCUAAGCAACUCGAGUAAACCGUCAGGAUCAGCCUACGUGAUUGAAUCGCAGACUAAAGAAAAAGUCGAGUUGAAGAGAACUCGAUUCGGAUCAGUCGUCUGGAUCGCCGGGGUAAGAUGCGUCUGUUCAUGGAAGUUCUUAUUAUUCUCCUUAUAGGGGGUAUCGUGGCCGACUGGCCGAUCAACCCCCUGAUGAAAGUAUGGUACACAUUCCUCCCCCAUGCGCCGUCCGACUCGCUGACCAACAAAGAGAACGACUGCGCUGGCUGCGCGCAGAAUAAAGUCACCGUGAUCGAUCCCGACCCGUUGUUGACCGAGCUGAGAGUGGAGUACGUGAAGCAGCAGAUCCUGAAGAAGCUGCGACUAUCAAAGCCGCCUGAAGUCUCGAUGCCGCUGUCGACCCUGCCUAAACCUUUGAUCAACGGCAAUGUGCUUCGACCCGACUUGGAAAGACCGGCGGAGAACUUUUACGGGAAGACCAACCAGGUCGUCGUGUUCUCAAGCGAAGAAAACGAUCGAACCACGGCGGUUACAGGGGUGGCCGACUCGACGAAAUAUCGCCAGAACUCGAAUCACAUAACGGGGUUCAAUCCGGCGGCCUGUUUCACAUUUUACCUGCCGAACGAGAUGCUGUACGUCGACGUGACCACGGCGGAGCUCUGGUUUUACAAGGAACAGGUCGAGAACGACGACGAGCUCAAGCAGACGUUCGUGCUCUCCGAGCUCGAUCACUGGGACCAGGGCGGCAGAUUCGAAAAGAACACCGUCAUGGCAAUCUUCGAGACCGACAUCGGAGAGGGCUGGGUGAAGGCAGACAUGAAAUUUAUGGUGAAGAAAUGGAUAGGUCGACACCGACUGAGCCACGCCAUCCAGUUAGCCUGCACGACUUGCUCGACCGACCGCGACAGAGCACCGGUGUCCGUCGAGCAGAGCCUCAAGCCGUUUCUGGUGAUCAACACGGAACCGUUGCCGCAGCGAAACAGGCCCAAGAGAUACUCGAAGUGCCAGCCCGAGAUGACGGAGUGUUGCCGCGACGAUCUCUACAUUGAUUUCAAGGAUAUAGGUUGGAGCGACUGGAUUCUACAUCCCAGCGGGUAUCACGCGUAUUUCUGCCGUGGAUCUUGUUCCACGGCGACUUCCUUAACCAUCAGCGGCUCGCAUUACAACAACGUUAUCAUGAAGUUGUUGAGUAAGGAAGGGGUGCAACAAAAGAAGAAGAUAGUGCCAUGCUGCUCGCCGACGCAGCUCGCGCCACUCCAGCUAUUAUACGUCGAUACGAACAACACGAUCACGCAGAAAACACUGCCGAACAUGGUGGUGGAGGCUUGCGGUUGCAUGUGACACCGCUGUCCCGAAGGCAGAGGGUGAGUAGAAUCACUACCGGUCGGUGACGACGAGAAGACGAGGACCAACAUCUCACGCCACCCUGUCCGAGGCUGUCGCUCGCGCUUAAUCGUCGUGAAGCCGAAACUUGGACGCGCGUAAAAUCCGUUCGUCUCGAAUUUGAACGCGACGGAAUCGCGCGAAAAAAACGCACGAACAGGUAAUUAAAGAUACGGGCACGCUAUUGUCGCGACACGCAAGCUCGUUCUUUCGUCACGUUGCAUUAUAAACGUCGUUAAUAAAAUUACCAUCUCUCCAAUGCUUUGGAGUAAAAGUAGAACUAUGGCAUAUAAAAAAUUCACUCCAUUGGAACAAAUAUUUAUUGGAACAAAUAUUUAUUGGAACAAAUAUUGGAGCAAAUAUUUCCUCCAAUAGAGCGGAUAUUUUACUCCAUGAUUCUAUUUUCACUCCAAACACUUGAUUUUUUGUUAGGAUAAAAAAACUGU